CCGGCCGGGGAUCCUGUGAGCGCCCCGCCCCGCCCCGCGCCACGCGUCCAGUUAUUUAACGCGCACGCCACGCCGGAUUCUGCUGCGUAUAUAGUGCGCACGAGAGCAGAGCCGCCUCUCUCCGAGCAACUCGUACCUAUUUGUCCUCGCCUCGGCAAACACAUCGCCUACUUGUCCUCCUCCUCGAACGGAUCGAGCUAGUAGGAAGCAGGGAGAUGAUGAGCACGUGCACGAGGGAGUACUCCAGCUCGCGCCUACGGGCUCCGACGACCCCGACGGCGCUGGUGCUCGUGCUCCUGCUGCUCAUGGGCUCGCCGUCGUGGGCGCGCGUUGCCGACGGCGUCAUCAGGACGACGACGCCACGCGCGUCACCUCCGGCCGGUGGCGGUGGAGGCGUGCACGGCGAGGCCGCCGCAGCACCGGCUGCCGCUGCCGGUUCAGGCAGGAGAACCGACGGACCGGAGUGGACAGCAGCGUCGCCGUCGGGGGAGGAGGAGGAGGAGGGAGGCCGGCCGGCGGCGGAUCAGCGCGAGGAGCUGCCGUGGGCGGAGGCGCGGCGCGCGGGGGCGGGGGCGGCGGGGUCGCGGCUGCCGGACUGCGCGCACGCGUGCGGGCCGUGCUCCCCGUGUCGGCGCGUCAUGGUAAGCUUCCGGUGCGCGCAGGAGGCCUCCGAGUCGUGCCCCGUCGCCCACCGCUGCAUGUGCCGCGGCAGGUUCUUCCGCGUCCCCUCCCUCUAGCCGUCUAGCUGGUCGUCUCCCAGACCGGGCAGGAUUCCCGUGUACCUUUCCGCGCCGCAUCGUUUGUGAACUGUCAUGUGAUGCCAAAACACUCUCCUGUGUUGUGUGUAUACGAACUAGUAGCUGCUGUGUUUGUCUGUGUGA